AUGGCAGGAUCUAAUGGCUACAGGGCCGAUAGCCCUGUCUCAGCUACUAUCGAAGUCGAUGACUGCUGUGGAUACAACGACAAGGACGAUCCGAAACGCCGCAUCUCCAACAUCACAGCGACUUCCGUUUCGUCGUUUCCGGACUCGGCUUGGCCUUCCGACUCUGACGUUCCCGGACCCUCGUACUCGAAUGCAAAAUCUCGACCCGCUUAUCGUGUAGGAAGUCUACGUCGCUCGCCUCUGCCCGAACGCCUGUCACCAUCCUCUCUGCGACCUCCGAAGCAUACAUCGCACCGCCCCAGAAGUAGAGACGAAGGUCGCCGCCCCAGAAGCAGAGGAGAAAAUGUCACCCAACACGACCUUCUACCAGAAACACCUGCUCCGCUAGUCCUGCUGCAUAUCACAGUCUUGCCGCCGCGUCUGCCAUGGAACCGCUCUGUUCUUGAUGCAACACUGCCUCCAGAGCUGAAGAGGCAGUUUGGAGUGCUACGAGCAGCAACAUCAGGUCUGAUCGCACAAAGAGGCAUCCUCAUUGCCCAUCCAAGAGAAGAGUUUGAGUUGCUGGAAGAGAGCGUACUGGAGGCUUUGGACCUGCUGCCUGAGCGCAUCGGCUACGAUGGACAGUACAGACCUCGCACACCAAAUACUGUCAUGGACGACGACACAGACAACGACGAGGAUGCAGAGACUCCAAUCUGCGAGACUUGCCAACGAGUUCAUGUAGGCGAUGCUUGGUACACCAGAGUCUACGCUGCGAAUGGUCUCAUGCGCGCCGGUGCUUGGGGCGCCUGUUGGUCUGAGAUGGAAAGAGUCGAUGUCGAGGUCCGACCUUGUAUCUCUGAGCACAUCUGCCGAAAACUUGAUGAGAUGCAGCUAGCCGAGGACAUGUUCAACGAACGACGAAGCCACCAUCCUCCAGCACAGCUGUUGUCUGAACUCCAGCCCGCAGAAUCUCCAAAGCAGCCCAGUCAGUCUCUUGUCACGGCGUCGGCCCAAGAAGCAGCAGUGAAAACAACAGAGACCCAGCACGCCCCAGGCACUCAGCCCAAGCCCACACGAUCUACACCUGUAUCUCUGCUCGACAAUGACCUUCCGCCAAUCUACCAACCAAAAGACGUCCCACUGAGACUUCUCUUGCGUAACUACAUCUACCUUUUGCUACGCGAUCGACGAAACGUCGCCAUCUUCUUCCUCACCAUGGCCUUGCUGGUGUCAACCUCGUAUGGCAUGCUUGCCUCACACAAGUCUAUCAAGUCCGCAAGCAAAGCCAUAGCAGUCGACGAGUCUCCUGUUCCGCCAGCUGCAUCGUCGCGAAUUGACGUAGGCCAUGGCAAAAGACAUCCGAUGUGG